AUGUUAGCUGACAAAACAAGUGCCUAUGUGAAUUAAAGCUCAGUUUAAUCUAAACAGCCAAGUAAAAGAGUGCAACUUGAUAUAUAAUAUGUGGCACAAACUUUCGAAAAGACUUAAUCUAUUAAUAAUCAAAAAAAAAUGUUCCCAGAUAAUCAAUCAACUGAAUUAAGAAAUUCUAUGACAAAUGAGGAAAGUGAAAUUGAAAAAUUAUCUUAAGCAUAUGCAGAUAAAUACUAUUAUGAGAUGAAAUUCGAAUAAUACUAGAAUUUGCUCACAUAAUAAUAAGGCACUAUAACGAAAUUGCUUAAUGAAAAAAAGGAUUUGCUUGCCCGACUUGAAUCUGCUAAAAGCAAUGAAAAAGAAAUCAGUUUGUUGCAAUAAUUGGAAGUCAAAUUUAUUGAAAGUUAAAAAGAAAAAUAAUAGUUAUAAAUAGAGUGUUAAUAAUAUAAAUAUUAAGUUGAAUAAUUACUCAUAGCUAAUAAUGAAUUGUAAUAAUCGUUUCAAUCCUUACAUAAUUAAUUUGUUGAAUACAAAGACAAAUAAGAUAAAUAUUCAAUUAAAUAGCAGGACUUGAUUGCCAAAUUAACUGAUGAUAUUACUAAUCAAAAAUACUUACAAGAAAUUCAUUCCUAAAUGUAAACUAUAAAACUAUAAAAUAAUCAUCUAUCUGAAUAGUUGACUUAACAAGAAAUUAAUUUCCAAAUCAAACUCUCUGAAAUUUAAGAAAAGUAUAUUAUCUAAAGUAAUGAAUUGUCAUAAGACUGUGAAUCUUAAAUUGAAUAAAAGGAAGAAGAGUUGCAUUUGAUAAAAAUGGAACUUGAGAAAUAAAAAUCAGAAACUCAAAAAUUACUAAAUGAAAACCUUUUAUUAUAAAAUAAAAUUUAAGAAUUGAAUUAGAAUUAUCAAGAUGACAUAUAAGCUUAAGCUUCACUGCUCUCAGAAUAAGUGGCAGAGUAUAAGAUAGUUAUAUAGAAUCUGGAAAAUCAAUUAUAUCAAAUGAACUAAGAAAUUAAAUAACGUGACAGAUCUUCUUCAAAAGAUAGCAUGAUAAAUUCAAGAUUGAUUUCGAAUUAUAUUAGCAGAUAUAAACAAUGA